AUGAUUUACGGUUCUUUCCUCCUCAAAUUCGUCACCCUCUCGUUGGUGAGCAGCGCCCUUGCUGCUAUCAACCAGCUCCAGCAGAUCAAUAACUUUGGUCCCAACCCCACCAAUGUGCGGAUGUACCUCUACCGACCCCCGAAUGUGGUCUCCAAUCCCGCAUUGAUCGUCGCAAUGCAUUACUGCACCGGUACCGCCCAAGCCUUCUUCUCUGGCACCCAAUACGCCAACCUCGCGGACACCCACCGAUCCUUCAUCGUCCUCUACCCCAGUGCUCCCGACAGCGGAGGAUGCUGGGACGUCCACACCAACGCCACCCUCACGCACGAUGCUGGAGGUGACUCGCUCGGCAUUGCCAGCGCUGUCCGCUAUGCUAUCCAGAACUACGGUGUCGACCGCAGCCGUGUCUUCAUCACUGGAACCUCCUCCGGUGCUAUGAUGACCAACGUUUUGGCCGGUGCUUACCCAGAUCUCUUUGCUGCUGGUUCUGCCUUUGCUGGUGUCCCAUAUGCCUGCUUCGCUGGUCCCGGCAUGUGGAACAACCAGUGCGCCAACGGUCAAUUGAGCAGGACUCCUCAACAAUGGGGUGACCUUGUUCGCUCCGGAUACCCUGGAUACACAGGCCCACGACCCAGGAUGCAGCUCUGGCACGGUACACAGGACACCACCUUGAGCUACAACAACCACAACGAGGGCAUCAAGCAAUGGACCAACGUUUUCGGCUACACCACCACCCCCGUCCAGACCUUCCAGAACUCUCCUCGCUCUGGCUGGACCCGAUCCGUCUACGGCCCCAACUUCCAGGCUAUUAGCGCUGCCAACACCGGCCACAACCUCCCUGUCCAGGAGAACGAAGCCCUCCAAUGGUUCGGAAUCAUCCCCGGUGCCACCCCACCCCUCGUCACCACCCAACCUCCCAUUACCACUCAACCACCCAUCACCACCCAACCUCCCGUCGUCACCACCACCCAGCCGCCCCCAGUCGUCACCAACCCUCCUGGAACCAACUGCGCCGGCAAGUGGGCUCAGUGCGGCGGCAAUGGCUGGAGCGGUGCUACUUGCUGUGUCUCUGGAUCUACUUGCAACAAGUUGAACGACUGGUACUCUCAAUGCCAGUAA